AUGAGUUAUAUGGAAAUAUUAUCGAUGCAAAAGAGUUUUCUUGAUAAAAAUGGGUAUUUAAAGAAUAUAUCUUUUAGUAUAAGUUUAGAUGAUUAUAGAAAUACCUUUAUUCGUAAAACAUACACCCUUCUCCUCUUAGAAUAUAUUGUAAAAAUAAUUCUUUAAUCUUAGUGUUUUUGUGGAGUUUCUCUUUUGGGAAAAUAUAUUUUUUUAUAUGAUAAAUAAUGGAUAUUUUGGAUCUUAAUGAUCAUUUGCCAACUAUGCCAUUUUUAUUUCGAAUACAGUACUUCUGUGGUAGAUCAUUAAAAUAAAAAAAUAUGGAAUACAAUAGUAAGUGUAAUAUACUUAAGUUGUGGGAGUUUUGCAUUUAUUUUUAUUUGGACACUAUUAGGUGUGAAUUUUGAGGAUUAAUUAUGGAGAAUUUAUUUGUAAAUAGGAGGUGUAAUCUUAUUACUUAAUUUUUAUUCAAAUAUGACGAGCACUCAUUUUUAAGGAGAAGGUAAUUAUAUCAUCUAGUAUAAAUAUAUAGAAUGUUGGUUGAUUGUGUUAAUUACUCCAAUUUCUAUUGAAUUCAUAUUGAAUAUUUUUGUUGGAAUAUAUUCACCAUUAUUUUAAACUUUUGUUACUAUGAUUAUAACUUGGUUGAGCUCCUAUAUGUUACAAAUCACUUAAAAAUAAAAAUUAUAAAAAGAGGUAAAUUAAAAUAAUUAAAUAGUUUACUUUUGAUGAAAUUUAAGUAUUAUGUUGUAUGUUGUUAGGAGUCUAAUUUUAAUUAUUAGUUAACUUGAUUAAAUCAAUAAUAAAAAAUCAAAAUGGUUAAAAUGAUUUAAGUAUUGCAAGUUAUGAGAUCAAGUUAAAAUAUCUUAAAUAAAUAUCAUCAAUAUUUUCAAUUAUAAUCCUUGCUUUACAAAUUUCAUUAAUGUUUGGAUGUGGAUAUAAACCUUAAUGCUUUUCACACUUUUUAAUUAAAUACAAUGGACAAGAUUAUUCAUUUUCUGCUUUAUUUUGGGUGAGCUUAACCUUUUCUCUUAUAUUAUACCCAUUGGUAUUAAUAUUUCAUCGUAGAAUUAAUUAUGUAUAUCUUAAUUGAUAUCUAGAUAAUUAAAUGGGUCUUAGUAGUCAUUGAUAUCUUUUUCUACUCUUUAUUCCUAAUUGGCCUGACAAGCUUUAUGGUAAUGUAAGAAGAUGAAACUAAUAUCAACAAAAUUAAAUUAAAAGAAUAUUUAUUGUGCAUUUCUCUCAGUAUGUUCACAGGAAUUGGAAUUGGAUUAGAAGCCUAUUCUUUCAUAAAGAAGGAAAAUAUAGAAAAUAAAAAGGCGUUUCUAUUUAUGAUGAUUUGCCCAAUUAUAAUAUUUAUAAGUUAGAUUUAAUUUGCUAUUAUGCAAUUCUAAGCUAUAGUUAUAACUUAUUUGAUAGGAAUAUCAUUUGUUUUUGUUGCUUAUACUAUAGUAAUAUUAUUAGAGUUAAAUUGGCAAUUACAUAAAGAUAGUAUAGAUAUCAAUGCAAAAGAAUAUUAAUUAGGAGCUAUGCUUAUUUAUUAACCAAUUUAGACAAUAGUUGCAAGAAUAUGUACAUUAUUUAUAUGA